AGAGACACCGAUUUUGGUCUUGGGUGAUACUUGCCUCAAGUUGGACAAUUAGCAGUGAACAGCAAUGGGCUCAAAGAGAUAUACCAAGUUUCAAGAUGCCCAAUCAGAGACUUCCAAAUAUAGCCCAUUUAAACCUGGAAAAGGAAUAAUAGUUGCUGAUAUUGAUGAGAUUUAUGGUGCAGCUGGGCAACAGAAAUUUGUUCUAGAGAACUUUCAGCUUUAUGCGGUCCGUCCAAAUUUGUCCCAGUACUAUGAGCCUUUGAAGCCCACCGCGGUGCAGAAAUUCCUGGCUCAAAAAAGGAAAACCACAAGCUUCAGGUUAAAAGUAGCAGAGUAUGAUCAGGAUAAAACUUCACUGAUUAUGACCAACAACCCCAUUCCAUGCCCAAUCACCGAGGAAGAAAAGGACAAUGCACCAAAAUACUUUCCAAAGGAGUUACUGCUCAAGGAAAGUUGUCAUCAGCCCAAACCCACCGAGAACCUCUGCCUGCCCCUGAUGCCUCAGAAGAAAAAGUUAAGAUCUGGGCUAAAACCUAUCUUCCCUCUGACACAGUUGAAAGAUUCUACAUCUAAACGGGAACAAUGGUUUAGGUUUUCCACUGACAAUGAUUUCAAGAGUGAAGGGAAAUAUUCGAAACAAUGUGCUUUGAGGAAACAGAAACAAAUGUACCCUCAGCUCAACUUUGCUCCAGUCUGUGAAAGAGAUACGAGGAAAGAUGUCUCCAAGAAGUUAGAGAGUAAAAUGUCGAUUUCCAAGGUGACUUGGGAACCACUAACCCUCUCGACGCUCCUGGAAGAGAAGCCCACCAGAACCGUGCCAGGGGAAAGCGCCUUCCGCUAUGGAAGGGUCCCGCAGUGGAUUAUCCAAAAUGCCACUGUCAUUCAGUGACCACAAUCCCUUCAGGCCUCCCGC